AUGGCCAGCAGCUUGGCUGCAUGGUUGGCCAAUGGUGAUGAUGCAAUCUCCUCUGAUAAAGAUGUGUCCAACUCCCCUGAUGUCGAAGGUGAAGAAUAUUGUCCAGGUGAUGCUGCACCUGCAAAUCCCGCAUGGUUCCUGUGGCCCAAUAAACAGACAUGCAUACUCGAUAUUCUAUGGCACCUCCCACAUUCAUUAUUUUCAGAUGCACAACUUCAGGUCAUCCUCUGGGGACUUGCAAUCCUCAGAGUUGAUUAUGUUCCCUCCACAAAGACACUCAAAGAUAUUGACAAUUCCCUCCAGACCCAAUAUGGGAUUCCAUCAGUCUGUUAUCAAGGUGCACUUGGCCAUAUCUAUUAUGUCAACCACCUGCCUUCUAUCAUUGCACAAGAAAUGGCAAACCUGUGCAUCUGCCCACAUAUCCACCAUUACCCUGAAGAUGCUGGGGGGUGGCUGUAUGAAAUUGAUCCCACUGUUGCCACACCCAUGAUUUGCAAAGGCCAUCAAGAUUUUUAUGUGUUCAAGCUGGCAAAGUUGAUGGAUGGCACAAUGGUCAUUCCUGAGCACUGGUAUACAAAACCCUCUGCAUUACUAACUUCUUUUCCCUUUGAGCUCGAGUAUUGGGCCUGCACAUGUCACAUGUGUGGAUAUGUUAUCCACACAUAUGAUACCAUUGAGGUGCCAGCAAGCAGUCUUCUCCUCUUGUUUCCACACCUGCUUCAAAUGCAUCAGAUCGAUGGUCAACCCAACCUGUGCAAUAUCAUAGGUACUCAGCAUGCAUUAGGUUUGAUAGAGACGAGAGGACAUGGUGUCCUCCCAUGGACGUUGACUGAUCCUGUGGUUGGGAAUAUAUGGUGCAUGUGCAUGAAGGGGCACCAUGUCCUCAGUUACAUGAUAUGGCUGUAUUGUGAUGACACCUCCAGCAAUAUGUCAAAGAAGUGGAACAAACACAACUUGUUUCUCUUCACUGCAGCUGGUCUCCCACAUGCUCUGGUCCACAAAGAGAGCAACAUCCAUUUCCUCGCUAUGUCUAACAUCACUCCCCCCCUAGAAAUGCUUGAUGGUAUUGUGGCCCAACUCGAACAUGCACAAAUGCAUGGCAUUUGGGCUUGGGACAUAGAAGCAAGGGAGAUGGUUCUCGUGAUCCCUGCUGUCCUGGCGAUGCUUGGUGACAAUCCAAUGCAGAGUGAACUUGCAUGCCAUGUUGGUCUGCAGGGUAAAUUUUUUUGUUGCAAUUGCUGGGUGCAAGGGGUAGGGGCAGAAUCAAGUGAACACCCACAGGCACUGCAACCAGACAAUGGCACUUGUUCCAUUGAAACUGCAUCACACAUGACUGACUUGGACAGGUCCACUCAUGGGGGUGUCACACAACAGCUGAAAGGCAAGGGCUGCCACUUGGAGACAAUGCAAGGUCUUGUUGAUCGAGCAAGGCAUUUCCUUGCAGCCAACACACCUUGCACCUGGCAACACAUGGUGGAGAAACUCUGUAGCAUGUUCCAUGAAGUCACCAGCAGCAUGGGCAAGACACAAUAUGUGAAAAUGAAGACUGAAAUAGGCAUUAAAGAUACAUACAUGGAUGUGUUCAUUGAGCAGAUCCUCAAGCAUGUCAAAGGCAUUUGUGCAGGAACAGAUGGAUUUACCAAGGCUGUAAGAAUCCUCUGCAUUGGUCGCAUUGUUUCAUCACUCACUUACUCAACUUCAGGCCUUGAUCCCCAUCAAGACACCCCUGUGGAAGUCCUGCAUGUCAUCUUACUCAGAUUCAUGAAGUAUUUCUGGCAUGAUGCCAUCUCCAGGAUGAAUGAUGAUCAAAAAGCAGAGUUCCAGGUUCAAUUGGCAUCAUUCAAUACCUCAGGACUCAGCAUCCCUCCAUUGGCAACCCAAACGUUCAUUCAAUAUGCUGGGUCUCUCGCUGGAUGUGAUUUCUGUGCCAUAUGCCAAGCAGCACCCUUUGUACUCUAUGACCUUGUUCCACAUGAGUGCUACAAAGCAUUUCUGGCACUAUCAUCUCUGGUCCCCCUUGUUUGGCAACCAUGCAUUGACAACAUCAACAGGCACCUGCCAAAGUUUCACAUUCUUCAGCACCUCCCUGACCACAUCCAGUGUUUCAGUCCUGUGAUCCUAUUUGCUACAGAAGGGUUUGAAUCUUACAAUGCUGUGAUCCAUGACCACAGUAUUCACAGCAACAGACAAGUGCCUUCCCAAGACAUUGCCUGUGGAAUGGCAUGA